GGCCAGGAGCAGUGAGAGGCAGCAUUUCUCCUGCUGGCUAAGCCAUGAUAUUCCUGUCACAUUUUGGUGGAGUCAUUUUGAGAAGAGCCAAAUAAGCCAGGGAGAGGAGAAUGGAGAGAGAAGAAAAAAGAAGAGGCGGGUUGCUUGUUGAUGCUGCUGCAUCGGUGGUGGUGUUGCUGAGGGGGGGAAUGUUGUGAAUGACUGAGGCAGCAGAGCAGCUGAGUGAGACUAACAAGUGGUUGCCAUGCAGCAGGAGCAAGCGUGCGUGCUUCUGGAGGGAGAGAUAGAGAAACAGAAUGAUAAUGAGUAGGAGGCAGCAAGUAAGGGAGCAUGAGGAGAGGAGCUGUAUCUCUGAGAAGAGACAUAUAUCAUAGCUUGAUCCAGCCUCUCCCUCGCUUCUCUGUUCCUCUCUUCAUCUCUCUACCUUUUUGUUUAGAUGUGGGGUUAGCCUAGCACACCCUGGAUGCUGGCAAUGGAUGGAUUAAUGGACAUAUGUCUGGGGGCUCCGAGACGGAGGAGUUGCUCGGAAGAAACAGCAGCAACAGGUCUGUAAGGAUGGAACGAUAAUGACGGUAACAUGCAGGCUCCUAAACGCCUGACCCUAUCGGAGGAGAGAUGAGGCACCUAGAUGUUGGUUUACCAUGUUUAGCGUCCACUACAACCACUCCCUUGCUGCCAUGAGCGGAAACGACAUGAUGGCGCACUCUCUGACUCUGGAGCAGAAGACAGCGUUUGCCUUCGUGGGGAUGCUCCUGGUGUUCCUGGGGCUGCUGAUAGUAAGGUGUUUCAGGAUCCUGCUGGACCCCUACAGCAGUAUGCCCUCCUCCAACUGGGCUGAUGGCAUUGAGGGGCUGGAGAAAGGGACGUUUGAGUACGCCCUUACUUAACACAGGGACACACACAUCCAUAGAUGUCCUCGCGAAUAGAAAAACGCCUAUAGAUACACAUACGCUUACACACGGACACAGAUACACUCGCACACACGCAAACACAUGUGACACACAGCCCUGCACAACCAUUGCACCUGAAACUGACACACCAUUAAGACAUCUCUCUGUGACAGACUCAGCUAAGAGACUGAAGCUGUGUAUGUUGUUCAAUGUGCGUGCACUGUUAGUUCAGAGCCAGUGUAGAGUCUCUCUACCGUAUGUGACUACAUGUCUGUUGUGUGUGUCUAACCAAGUGUGAGGUAGACGCUGUGUCAUAUCCUCCACUGCCCUUCUGCCAGGGUGGUGUGCAUUUCAGCUCAUCAAAUUUACACGGAAAUGGCUGAAGCUCCCUUUAACCCAUGCCUACAAGUUGAAUGUCUGUAGAUUAUAAGAGGAGGUAAGAGGUGGAUGCUCGCGGGACAGGGUGGGGAAUUAGGGUGCAGUGGGAUUAUUCAGAUACAGUUUGAAGACUCAGGGACAAGAUUCCUCAUGUGAACUCAGAAUGGGAAACAGAGUGGUUCCACCUCUGCACAGCAGAGCUGUUCUGCACAAGAAUGUAUACUGUCUGGUUGGAUACAGGGUAUUAUGUCAAACUAGUGCUUUGUGGACUAAUCAAAUCCAAUCUGUUGGUAAUCCAAAGGGAUGCUGCUGCUGCUGCUGCUGCUGCUGCUGCUGCUGCUGCUGCUGCUGCUGCUGCUGCUGCUGCUGCUGUGUAUGUACAGAUUGGUCCUUUCCGUGGUGUCUUGUUUUUUGAAGUCAUGCAGUGAAAGGCAACUGAACAAACUGUGAUUUACAUUAUGGUGUUACUGUUUCUAAAUGAUGCAAAAACAACUCUUUUAGAGUUUGUACUGCUGCUGGUUUUGAGUGAUGAUACGUUGUGUGUUGCCACAAUUAUAUGUCUGGGUGAAAGAAAAAAAAACAAAAAAAAACACAACUGUUUACUUUUGUCUGCGAAGACAUAUGAUUGUGUCUGAAGGUCGGCUGAUGCGAUCAAGCCAAAGAACUUUCGUGGGGGAAAUGAGGAUUAGAAACUAGGAAGAACUCUCUCUUUCAGUGCUGCUAGUUUUCUAAUGACAAGGAGAAACCCUCACUACCUGUCUGCGGAGGAAAAGGUCACAUGGAAAAUAGAGGUGGGAUGUCUGUCAGCACUGCACGUGAGCAUCUUUUUCCUCCUGUUCUCAGCCAUCCUCACCGGUUCACACCUGCUCUCUUCUCUCCAGACAGAGGAAGACGGGACUAAACAGAGACUGUAAUACGGCAGACUGGUCAAAGUCUUGAGUGUUCCUUUGCUAAUUCCUACGGUCUACGGUUUCUCCUUAGUGCUGUGAAUCUGCCUUACUGUGACCUUCAAUGGGUUUAUGUGCCUUCAUCUAGAAACAUUAGAGCACCUGUUUAUGUGUGUGUGUGUGUGUGUGUGUGUGUGUGUGUGUGUGUGUGUGUGUGUGUAUAUGUGUGCGUGCGUGUGUGUGUACGCGUGUGUGUGUGGCAUAUCAUGAUGACGGAUGACAUCUCCUGACCUGUUGCUUGCUCAGCUGGUGGUAGAGAUUUCUCAUUGAUAUAGAUUUGAUUCAAUGAUGUGAAAUAAAUAGAAUUUCUUCACUUUAAAAUAUUGUUGGCAUAAUUGUUGCUUUUCUGGUUCUCUUAUUGCAAUCUGAGGAGCACGUGAAACAAAAAAAAUAAGAAAUCACUUUUACAAAUGAGCAGGACACUUUAGGUGACAGUCGGCAGACGCUCAAAAUGUUUCUUGCUUCUGCCUCUAGUCUCCGGCGGUGGUCGUCCAUUAUUGCUGCGAUGCGUUAGAGCGGGAGAAACAGAGGUGAUCAGAAUUUUUAGCAAUAACUCUAGUAAGAGCAGAUUCCUCUACAGUUUACGGUACGUGCAUAAAUGUGCAGGCAUGGUCAAGAGACAGGAAAAAAAGGCUAAUGUAGCAGCAGUAAGCGAUACACACAGGCAUCCAUUGACAGUCUUGUGGUGAUAAGGGAGGUCUUGAUCUGCAGAGCCUACUGCACUCAGAGGCCAGGCCACCGUGCACACCUGCCUCAACGCAUCAUUCGUCAGGAAUGCAAUCAUUAUUGCACCAUUAUCUCUGUCACCUAUGUGACAUCCUUAUCUGAAAUCUAUUUUUAGUGGAAAAAAAAACACUUCGCUUUUCCUCUUCAGCCUAAAAGCCCACUAACCUUAGAGGA